AUGAAGAUUAACAGUCUCAUCAUCCUUGCUUUUCUCUGCUUGGUUCUUGUCUUCCAUUCUUCAUUCAUCAAAGCUCAAGAAGUUGAGGAUGAGAGAGAGUUUGAUUACAGUGAAGGAAGUGAAAAGGGUCCGGAAAGAUGGGGAGAUCUGAAGGGAGAAUGGGAAGCAUGCAAGAAUGGAGAAAUGCAGUCUCCCAUCGACAUAUCUCAUGAAAGAGUAGAAUUUAUCAGAAGCUUCGAGAAGAGGCAUUACAAACCUGCCAAUGCCACUGUCAAGAACCGUGGCCACGACAUUUCGAUUAAAUGGCAUUGUGAUGCUGGAUCCUUCUGUAUAAAUGGGAUAGAGUACCCUUUAAUAUCAGCACAUUGGCACUCUCCCUCAGAGCACACUAUCAAUGGAAGAAGAUAUGCCUUGGAGCUGCACAUGGUUCACCAAAGCCUAGACCAGACACUGCAGAAUCAGAGAGCCGUUACUGCUGUUCUUUACAGGAUUGGCAAGCCUGAUGCUUUUCUCUCCAGGCUGAUGAGUAAUAUAUCACUACUGGUGGAUGAAAAAGACAGAGAGAUACAAACAGGUUGGAUUGAUCCCACAGAAAUCAACUUUAGAUGUACAUGGUACUACAGAUACUUAGGUUCACUUACUACUCCUCCUUGUACUGAAGGUGUUAUCUGGACCAUUAACACAAAGGUUUUGCUUUUUCUUGUUUUUCCUUAACCUGUCUGAUAGUUUAGUACUCCGUGAUUAUUACCUAACUUGGAAAAUUUUUAGAUAAGGACUGCUUCCAGGAGACAGAUUAAGCUGCUUAGAGAAGCUGUUCAUGAUGUAAGUUCAAUUACACAAGUCUUUUACUCUGUAGUUAACAGUUAACACACGAAGCUUACAGAAAUUUCUUACGUUUAUUGCAGUACGCUAAGCGUAAUGCAAGACCAUUGCAGCCACUAAAUGACAGAAAGAUCUAUGUUUUGAAAGCUGGAUAUAAGCUGUGAUAGAAUACUUAUGGAGUACAGAAUAAUAAUAAUUCAGAUUUUAUUCCUUUACUAUUUAUUCAUCAUACUGAUAUGAUCUUACAUGGUAGCUAUGUUUCAAUUCCUAGUGUUCAUGCUGUAAUAUGAUGUUUUUAAUCGACUUGGGUAGACAAUUUUCCAAUGA